AUGGAGAUGAUUGCAGAUUUUUUUUUUGAAAGCGAUGAGGAAUCCUAUCAAAGUUCAUCAGAAUUUUCAAUAUUUGAAGAGAGCAGAGAUUUCAAGCAUACAACCAUCAUAGAUUUUGAAGACACAAUUGCUGGCUACAGUGAUUGUGAUUUCAAAAGGCACUUCCGACUCCAGCGAACAACAGCCCAAGUACUUAUAGACCGCUAUGUACUGUCUGAAAGGUUUAAUACAACAAUCCGGAGAGGACUGCCAAAAACUUCAGCCGAAAAAGAAAUUUACAUCUUUUUAUGGUACAUGGCUAAUACCAAUACAUUUAGGGAAAUAUCGAAUUUGUUUGGUAUGUCAAUAUCUACGGCAUGGAGUGUGAUUAACAGAGUGUCUGAAUGGCUGAUUUCCAUCGGCCAUGAAUAUGUUAGUUGGCCAAAUACAUAUGAGGCAUUACAGAACGCAAGGUUAAUGGAAGAAAAAACAAGGAUUCCCGGAAUCCUUGGAUGCAUCGAUGGCUCUCACAUUAAGAUCCGAGCUCCAGUUGCCGAUAAGGAGAGCUAUUUCAACAGAAAGCGCUACUACAGCAUUUCUCUACAGGGCGUAGUCGAUGCUAAAAAAAAAUUUAUUAACAUCUUCUGUGGGGAACCCGGAAGCCUGCAUGACGGUCGUGUUUUGAGAAAAUCCGAUCUAUUCAGAGAUGCCUUCGAUGAUGUAAAUUCACUUUUUCCAAACAAAAUGUUUUUACUCGGAGACUCUGCGUAUCCCUCACUCGAAUGGUUAGUUCCUCCGUUUAGGGACAAUGGAGCAAUGACAAAUGUACAAAGGAGAUUCAACGAUCUCCAUUCUUCUGGACGUGUCAUUAUUGAACACGCAUUUGGUCUCCUCAAAACACGCUUUAGACGAUUGCUGCAUUUUACGGAGCAAAGAAAAAUCAAUAUUGUGGUUAACUUGGUUGUCUGUGGAUGUAUUCUGCACAACAUGUGUACCGAUUUUAAUGAUGAAAUUGAAUUUGAGCCUGAGAAUGUUCCACCAGCUGAAAUCGAAGACGCGGUUCAGGGCAGGAGCAACAGACGAGAGCAAAUACUACAGGACCUGAUUUCUAGAAACAUAAUACAUUAA